AGCACCAUUGGAGAUGCUCUAAUUAAAAUAAAAACUACAAUCAUGAACCCUAGUGAUUAACCAAAACUAACCCCCCCAAAAAAAGCCUCGCGGAUACAACAGUAGAACAAAAGCAGCUGUCAAAAGAAUUGGAGAGAUAGAGUGACAAGAAUAUUUUGCUUAAUUGUUCUUCAAGUUCUUGCUGAGACAGUCGGGGAACUGUUGAAAUUUGUAGAGAAUUGGUGGGAUGAGGAGUGUAAUGGGUCAUUGUCCUCAUAGAAUAUGGUUAGUUUGUGGGCAGGUUUUUGAUUAGUAUAAAUAUGUCAGUUUUUCAGACAUCAGCAGUUGAGAUUUCUAGUCUGCAGAGGCUGCAUUUUAAUGGGAACCAUAUGGAUUACAGUUCCGCAACCAGUCAUAAUUCUUUAAACGAUAUCGUGUCUGUUUUUCUCAGCCCUUAUGUCAAGGUUAGUAGAAGUGUUCAGUUGUACCAGCAGUCUGCAGUUGGCAAUGUGUCAUGGAGAAAUGUAGUCUCAUUGCGUUGUAGAGGUCAGGUUAGAAGUGUUUCCGUUGAUGGAGUCAAUAGCAGUGCACAUGAUCGGUGGACCUCAGAUAAAUAUGUAGCCAAUGUUGUUAGGAAAUCUAGACAAAUGGUACAAACCGAGAAGCCUCCUAAUUUUUCAAAAGCUUCUUCUCAUGGGCUGUAUGUUGAUAAUAGUGAGGAAACCAACAACAAGAUCCUUCAAACUUUAUGUAAUCGUAGAAAGUUAAUCAAUGCGUACAAAUUGGUUGUUGUAAUGACGAGUCGAAACCAAAUUCCUUUUGCCCCUUACUGCAUAAAGUUAAUCAGGGCUCUUAUUAGAAGUGAACAAACAGAUAAAGCUGCAAAGAUCCUUAGGCUGAUGGUCAUGUCAGGUGGCAUUCCAGAUAUCAUUACAUACAAUAUGUUAGUGCGUGGUUUGUGCAUGAAGGGCCAUCUGAAAUACGCUAUUGAUGUCUUGGAAGAUAUGAGCUUGACUGGCUGUCCGCCAGAUGUGAUUACUUAUAACACUAUACUUCGUUCAAUGUUUGAUCAUGGGAAGUCUAGUCAUGCUAUUGACUUCUGGAAGGAUCAGUUAAGAAAGGGAUGCCCUCCUUAUAUAAUCACUUAUACAGUUCUUAUCGAGCUAGUAUACAAGCACAGUGGGAUUGUACGAGCUAUGGAUGUUUUGGAGGACUUGGCAGUUGAGGGUUGUUAUCCAGACCUUGUGACCUAUAAUUCAAUGAUAAGUUUUGCUUGUCGACAAGGACAUAUUGGGGAUGCAGUGUUGGUCAUUCGCAAUCUUUUAUCACAUGGGAUGGAACCCAAUGCUGUGACAUACAACACACUUCUCCACGCGUUCUGUAGUCAUGGGUCUUUGGAUGAGGUAGAUGAGAUUCUGUUUUUCAUGCAUGAAACUUCUCAUCCUCCUACUACUGUUACUUACAACAUCUUGAUAAAUGGUUUUUGUAAGUAUGGACUUGUAGGACGUGCCAUUGAUUUUUUCAGUCAGAUGAUUUCUCAAAACUGUUCUCCUGAUAUAAUUACUUAUAACACCCUCAUACGUGCUCUCUGUAAUGAGGGUCUGGUAGACGAAACCCUCCAAAUUCUUGAAUCUUUAAGUGAUAGCAGCUGCUCACCUACUUUGGUCACCUAUAACAUUGUGAUUGAUGGACUUGCAAAGCAUGGUUUCAUGGAGAAAGCUAUGGAACUUUAUGAUCAUAUGAUUAAGCAUAAAAUAGUCCCUGAUGAUAUUACCCAUCGAUGCUUGAUUUUGGGUUUCUGCCGAACAGAUCAAGUGGAAGAUGCGGUGGAAAUUCUGAAGUCGAUGGGUAAGAAAAACCCUGGGAUCAUAAAUGGUGCUUACAGAAUGAUGAUCCAUGGAUUAUGUAAGAAAAACAAGGUGGAUGUUGCAAUACAACUGCUAGAAAUUAUGAUCUCAUCUCGAGUCUGGCCUGAUGAGACUAUGUAUUCUACUAUCAUUAAAAGUGUAGCCGCUGCUGGUAUGGCAGAGGAGGCCAUGGAGUUGCAUAGGAAAAUGAUUGAAUGGAAUAUUUUUAAAGAAGAAAGUGUUUUAGCUGUUAAUUGAAAAGCAUGGCCAUCAUAUUUGCUGAGACAUCUCUUCAGCAUGUGUGCACUUCAUGCUCUACAAUACAAAUUAUCACAAGGUAGCAUUUCUUUUACAUAUUAUCAUUCCUACUUGCGACAGGUACAGUCCCUUUGAGUUUCAAAAUUUUGUUUGUUGUAGUAUCAUAGACGAUUUCAAGUUUUGGGAUUCAAUAUGUAGUUGCUUCACUGUUACUGUCUUCAGAUUCCGCGAAUUUUCGAAUUUUACUAAUACAAGUGUAGCUUGUAUGAACUUGAAGUAGUUCCACUUCCAUGCACUGUGAGUUCUUGUUUUAUAAACUUGUCCUCUGUAGCUUUUUUAGGUAAGAUAUUCUAUUUUAAUGUUUUUUUUUUCAUGUC